UAGGGAGGUUGGACAGCUCGGUCCCCCAGUGCCAGCCCAAUAGACUGAUGAGUUAUUGUCAUGUAAAAAGCGCCAGCAAUAAGACCAACCGCUUUGCUAUUGUCCAAGUGGAAAGAGCCAAGUUUAUUAUGAGGACUAUAUGCUCUAGAGACCUCAGGCAAGGCAUCUCAUAGGAGGCUUUUUCAUAAAACUAGGCUCUGCUGGUAGUAAGGAGGCCACUCUCGAAGCAGGCGUUGAGCUGUGCACAUCUCCCCACCACAGGCACCUUCUCCAUAUAUCCAGCUUUUAUUUCAUUUUUUCCACUUGGCUGAGCCAUCCAGAGCCUUUUCAAUGUAUAAAAUGGAAUAUUCUUACCUCAAUUCCUCUGCCUACGAGUCCUGUAUGGCUGGGAUGGACACUUCAAGCCUGGCUUCAGCUUAUGCUGACUUCAGUUCCUGCAGCCAAGCCAGUGGCUUUCAAUAUAACCCUAUAAGGACCACUUUUGGGGCCACCUCUGGCUGCCCAUCCCUCACUCCAGGAUCCUGCAGUCUCGGCUCUCUUAGGGACCACCAGAGCAGUCCAUACGCAGCAGUUCCUUACAAACUCUUCACCGACCACGGGGGUUUAAACGAGAAGAGGAAACAGAGGCGGAUCAGAACCACGUUCACCAGCGCCCAGCUCAAGGAACUGGAGAGGGUGUUCGCAGAGACUCAUUACCCCGAUAUAUACACCCGGGAGGAGCUGGCGCUCAAAAUAGACCUCACCGAGGCGCGAGUGCAGGUCUGGUUCCAGAACCGCCGCGCCAAGUUCCGCAAGCAGGAGCGGGCGGCGGCGGCGGCGGCGGCGGCCGCCAAGAACGGGGCGGCCGGCAAGAAGUCCGACGCCUCCCGCGACGACGAGAGCAAGGAGGCCAAGAGCACCGACCCCGACAGCACCGGCGGCCCCGGCCCCAACCCCAACCCCGCGCCCAGCUGCGGCGGCGGCGGCGGCGGCGGCCCCAGCCCCGCCGGCGGGCAGGGAGCGGCGGGGCCCGGCGGGCCGGGGGGGGAGCCGGGCAAGGGAGCGGCGGGGCCCGGCGGGCUGGCGGCGGCGGGGCCGGGGCAGGGCUGGGCGCCGGGGCCCGGGCCCAUCACCUCCAUCCCCGACUCGUUAGGCGGACCCUUCGCCAGCGUCCUUUCCUCGCUGCAGCGGCCCGGCGGCACCAAAGGCAGCCUCGUCAAGAGCGGCAUGUUCUGAGCGGCGGCGGCGGCGGCGGCAGCGGCCCCUCCCGCCCACUAGUACCCGCCGCCCGCCCGCAGUAACGGCCAGGGGCCCGGGCUGCACCGGGCUCCGCGGGGCAGGGACCCCGCGCCCCACGGGGGGUCGCGCCCGGCUCCCCUCGCCCCGGCCCGGCGGCGGGGCCGGCCCCGCAGCGCCUCCGCGGGGGCGGGGGGGGGGGGGGGGGCGGCGCGGGGGGCGCUGCGUGGGCGCGGAGGCGGCGGCGGGACUGUGCCCGCGGCGGGGGAGGGCGCCCUGCCCGCCCGUUUUGGGGGUGUGUGUGUGUGUGUGUGUGUUAAGCUCCUUCUCACGGUCAGCCCGAGCGACAAAGUGUCUUCUCCAUCCCCCCGGCCCCGACCCGGCCCCCCAGCGCCCCCGCCGCCCCCGGGCCCCGCGCCCGGGGGCGAUUCUUACUCCGCCGUCCGGUGUCUCUGUCCCCGGUCGGGUGUCGGGUCUCUCCGGUGCCGCCGCCGCCGCCGGGCUCGGCGCUGCCGCCGCCUCCCCACCGCGGCCCCGGCCCCGGCCCCGGCAGGGCCCGCGCCCCACACGGCGGGCGGCUUGUAUUUAUUAUUAAUUAUUAAUUAUUAUUAAUUAUUAUUAUUACACGGUUCACGCAGUUUUUAGGCAUCUCCGUUAGGGUUUUCUAAUUUUAUUUUAAAAGGCACAAACUAUAGCUCUUAGUUGAAUGUUGACAGGUAUGCUUUCUCUUUUUCCGUGUCUUUCUACAACUGUGUUCUGUGACUCAACUGUAUAGUGUUAAUAUCAGUACAGACUUGUCUAGUUGACCGUAUAAAUAAUGUUUUCCCUUCUCGUAGUCUCUAUGGCGUGUCUUUAUGGAGAAAUAAGGUUCUCACGGGUUCCGUUCCCUUUGCGUUUAGAGACACCAGGUUCAGGCAAUGAUAUAUAUUUUUGUUAUCGGUUGCAUGUCGUCUCAUUUUUUUUUCUUUUCCCUACCUGUUGGAAUAUGUUUGUGAGCAUAAUCUUCAUAAAUUAUGUUCAGGGUUUUCAGAUUUAUUUAUAUGUGGUUAAAAUGAAUGCUUCUAUUUAAAAGGGGAAAUAUUUCUACAUGUGCAUAUAGUUUUCCAAGAGUGUACCAUUAAUUGUUGAUAAUAAAACCCAAAAGCAAAUAUAGCACCGUA